AUGCAAACCUAUAGCACAUUCCUUUCACAGUACAAUUAUGUCAGCCAAUCGCGGCAAGCCGAGGAAUAUGAGAUUGAGCGGGAGCGACUCCAGCUGGGCUCCAAAUUGGGAGAGGGGCGCUUUGGAAUGGUGUGUGAGGGCGUGUACCACCAAAACUUGAGACGUCGGCUCAAGGUGGCGGUAAAGGAAUCCAAGACGUUGCAAGAAGACAACACGCUCAUGCUGGAGGCUCAAAUGAUGAUGUCGCUCUUGCAUCCGCACCUGGUGGCGCUGGUGGGCACGUGCAUGCUAGAGCGUCCCUACCAGCUCGUUGUCGAAUUUAUGGCCAACGGCGACCUCAAGUCGUACUUAGCUGCCUGUGACUCAGUGACACCCAAGGAGGAGGUAGAUAGCAUGACCAUCCUCUCCAUCGCUCGGCAGAUUGGCUCGGCCAUGGCCUUUUUGGAGCAGCGGAGCAUCAUUCACCGCGACCUAGCUGCGCGCAACAUUUUGGUCUCAGAGCAGGGGCUUCGAGAACUAAAGCUGGCUGAUUUUGGCUUGGCACGAGCCAUGAGUACUGAAUCGGGCUACCUGAGCAGCAAUGAAACCCUGCCUUUCCGCUCUUUGGCGCCCGAGGUGUUCCAAACGCAGACAUUUACUAGCGCGAGUGAUGUGUGGGCCUUUGCCGUAUUGCUCUGGGAAUGCAGCACGCUCGCCAAGGAGCGACCUUAUAGCAACGCGCGCAAUGGGGCUGAAGUGUUUCAACAACUCAAGAGUGGUUUUCGCCUACAGCGGCCGCCGUUGUGCGUGGAAGAUAUCUACCGCAUCAUGCAACGUUGCUGGGAGUUUAAUCCCGCCCAGCGGCCUUCGUUUGCGGUCUUGCUCCAUGAAUUUGCAACCAUG